AUGGCAAUAGUACGGGAAAUUGUAGAAGAUUCUCCAUACCUUCAAAGUCUACCAACAUUUUGCAAAUCUUCAGAGAGGCCACUCGAUGAUCUAGAUCCACAUGGAUUGAUCGCACAAUCACUUAUAUGCCUUCGUGAAGCACUUGAGCUCAAGCGUGUCAAGACAUUAGGCGCUUUGCACGAAUUUUCCCACUGA